AUGCUCUUCCGAACUGCCACCUCUGUUGCCCUUCUGGCCUGCGCCGCCAGCGUCAGCGCCGAGCCCAAGCCUUACCGCCUGGCCAUGAUGCCCGUCCUUGGACAGAGCCUUGCGCGCCGCAGCACCUAUGGAUACCAGCCUGAGCUGUCUCAGUGCAGCGACGGCAACACCUGCGCCGAAGCCUGCGGUUCCGCGUACACCGAGUGCCCUUCCAGCGGCAAGGAGACUCACUGCUACAACCCCUCUGCCAAGCAGAACUGCUGCAUGGACGGCUCUGGCAACUCUUGCGACGAUGGCUACUACUGCACUCACGACCACGCUCUCAAGACCUGGUGCUGCCCGGAUAACAUGGAUCUCGCUGCUUGCGCCGCUGCUUAUAGUGUUGUCGGCGGCCUCGAGUCUGCUACUCCUACUUCGACCAGCACCUCCAGCACCAGCACCAGCACGAGCACCAGCACUUCAACCACCAGCACGACUCUUGUCACCACCUCUGCUGCUCCCACCACCAGCACUACCGAGGCUGCCACCAGCACCACCGCUGCUCCCACGACCACCAAGGCUCCCACCUCUACCAAGGCUCACCAGACUACUGUGACCAAGGUUGACGAGGAGACCACCACUGUUCCUUGCACCACCAGUGCGGGAUUCACCAGCGCCUACACCGGUUUUAACAACACCGCCACCGCUGUGCCCACCUCCAAGACUCCUCUUCCCCCUGUCGCGUCUAUCUCCACUGGCGCCCCUCAGCCUCCUCAGCCUUCCACCAUCAGCGGUGCUGCCACCAGCAGCGUCAGCGCCCUGCUGCUCCUCGCCGCUGGUGUCAUCGCCCUUUUGUAA